GGUGCCUGCUUAGUGUCCAAGGAAAUUCGUCGUGUUGUAAGUGUUGGCUCUAAUGGAUUCGUUGAUGGAUUCUCAGAUGGAUAUGUUUGCUGUGCUGAGUUCAAUGGCAUUAUGAGUGCCUUCAGAUACAACGCAGAGCUCACCUCCGCCACUCUCUAUACCACUGGAGCCCCCUGCCCAAGAUGUGCCAUAAAGAUCGUACAGUCACAGAUAAAGACUGUUAUAUAUGGUGGGCACCAAAUGGAGAGAGAAGCCGAGAAAACGUUGUACUGGGGGAAAGUAGCCACAUUGUAAGUUCUGAUUGUCUAUAGAGGGAAGAAGGGAAAAUUUGGCAAGGCUGUACAAAGGGAUACACACCAACUAUGAUACAGUAUUAUAAUGGGCCAAGUGCAAGAAUGCAAAAGCUUUUCA